AUGGCUCGCGUACGAAGCGCUAUCGUCAAGGGCAAGCAAGCCGCAAAAAACACCGUGAAGAUCGCAAAGCAGGCCGAAGCUAAAACGACCCUCACAAAUCGCAAAACCAUUGGCCUGCACGGCAAGAAAAUCGUCACAGCCGCAUACAACAUGCGAAAAGCCUUUGGCAUCCCUCGUCUGUGUCGCUCCUAG